CCUGGUUCCUACACACCUGCUGAGUUGCUGAACCGGAAGCUCCUACUUAAUUAAUUCUAAGAUUUAAACAGUUGCGGGCUGGAAACGCUAAUAAAUACGCACCGUGACACAAAAGUGCCAAACCAUGACCCCCUCCAGAGUCAUUGUUCGAUAGGAUCAUUGUCUACACGUAGCCUAAGUCAGCCGGUCGGAGCUCACCUGAGGGCGGGAGGUUAAGGUGUGCGCAGUUUGCUUGCCUCCACCCAUUCGGAUCUGCGCCUCUUCUUCUACCAGACCUCUGUCGCUGCGGACUACAUCUCUUGUCUUUGCCCUACUCACACACACGUUGAAAUGACAUCAGGAGUCCGGGUCAGUGAUGAGGCAAAGAAUUGCAUCGAAAGCAUCAAAAUCCGCCUCACCAAGGAGGAUCCCAGGGACCGGUUCAAGGCCUUGUUUUUCACGAUCAACGAAGGUGAGAUCGGUGUGGACUCCACACUCCAGAUAAAAGACGUCGAUGGCGAGGACCAAGACGCCUACAAGGUGCUGAAAGUGAAGCUGCAGGAGUACCCGGCUUGCUAUGUUGUCUACGACUGCUGCUAUGAAACCAAAGAAACUGAGAAAAACGAAUUGAUUUUCAUCAUGUGGAUCCCUGAUCAUUCCAAGAUUAAAAUUAAGAUGUUGUAUGCCAGUUCUAAAGACUCCAUCAAACAGGCACUCGCAGCUUGCGGGAUCAAACACGACUGGCAGAUAAACGACACCUCAGACCUCUUAGACCAGUCUGCAUUUCUGAGCAAGAUUGGAAAGGGAAUUAUCAAGCUGGAGGGGAAGGAUGUAAAAGACUAGUAGCACCAUUGGCCAGAGCUAUCCAUGUUUGCUGUUUUGAUGUAGAUCAAAUAAAAAAUGUGUUUGACAUGACAAUUGAGAUUAAACACAAGUGUUAAAAAAACAGACAGAAUUAAAUGAAUUGCCGGGAGUGGGUCCAUCGAUUACUCAAUCUGCAAUUCUGUAUUCUUUACCGCUUAGUAAAGGUGCCAUGAAUAAUGUUCUUGGUUAAAAAUGUUCAUUCUUCAAAUGUAGACCUCAGUUCGAGCUAUAGUGAUGCAGUAUCCUUGUUGACCGGUUUGUUAAUUUUCAUUUCAUGCUCAAGGAUGAACAUGCCUCUAGUUUCAAAUGCACACCAAGCUCUUUCCAAAAGGGAAGGUGCCCUAAUUAAAAAUGAAGCACCUUUCUCUCAAUGCCAGCUGUUGUGAUGUUGGAAGCUCACACUUAGGUGGGGAAUAAAGUUUUUAAGAAUUUCA